CCUCACCCGCCAAUAUGUCUGCCCCCGCACACAAGUUCAAGGUUGCUGACAUUAGCCUUGCGGCGUUCGGCCGUCGUGAGAUUGAUUUGGCCGAGAAUGAGAUGCCUGGUCUGAUGGCUACGCGUGAGAAGUACGCACAGGAGCAGCCAUUAAAGGGAGCACGCAUCGCCGGAUGUCUGCACAUGACCAUUCAGACAGCCGUCCUGAUCGAGACGCUGAAAUCACUCGGUGCCGAGCUGACCUGGACGAGCUGCAACAUCUUCUCCACUCAGGAUCAUGCUGCUGCUGCCAUUGCCGCUUCUGGUGUCCCGGUCUUUGCCUGGAAGGGUGAGACCGAGGAGGAAUAUAACUGGUGCUUGGAGCAGCAGCUCACCGCCUUCAAGGACGGCAAGAGCCUCAAUCUGAUCCUUGACGACGGUGGCGACCUUACCGCGCUCGUUCACAAGAAGUACCCAGAGAUGCUCAAGGACUGCUAUGGUGUGUCAGAAGAGACCACCACGGGCGUCCAUCAUCUCUACCGAAUGCUCAAGAACAAAGAGCAUGGUCUUCUAGUGCCAGCGAUCAAUGUCAACGACUCCGUCACCAAGUCCAAGUUCGACAACUUGUACGGGUGUCGAGAGUCGCUCGUCGAUGGUAUCAAGCGUGCUACCGAUGUUAUGAUUGCUGGCAAGGUCGCUGUCGUUGCGGGUUACGGCGACGUCGGCAAGGGCUGCGCUCAGGCUCUCCACAGCAUGGGUGCCCGCGUCAUUGUCACUGAGGUCGAUCCCAUCAAUGCUCUUCAGGCCGCCGUGUCCGGUUUCCAGGUCACCACUAUGGAGGAGGCCGCUCCUCAGGGUCAGAUCUUCGUGACAACGACUGGCUGCCGUGAUAUUCUUACCGGUGCCCACUUCGAAGUCAUGCCCAAUGAUGCAAUCGUCUGUAACAUCGGUCACUUUGAUAUCGAAAUCGACGUUGCAUGGUUGAAGGCCAACGCCCAGUCGGUCCAGAACAUCAAGCCCCAAGUCGACCGUUUCCUCAUGAAGAACGGCCGCCAUAUUAUUCUCCUCGCCGAAGGCCGUCUCGUUAACCUAGGAUGUGCCACCGGCCACUCUUCCUUCGUCAUGUCCUGCUCCUUUACCAACCAAGUCCUUGCCCAGAUCAUGCUGUACAAGGCCGGUGACGAGGAGUUCGGCAACAAGUACAUCGAGUUUGGCAAGACCGGAAAGCUCGAUAUUGGCGUUUACGUACUUCCCAAGAUCCUCGACGAGCAAGUCGCGCUGCUGCAUCUCGACCACGUCAACGCCAAGCUCUCUAAGCUCACUGAGGUCCAGGCCGAAUACCUCGGCCUGCCCCGGGAAGGUCCUUUCAAGAGCGAUAUCUACCGCUACUAGAUUUCUUUUUCUUUCUGUGUAUUGGGUCCGGCAGGUUUCAACACGACGUUAUGAAUUGGGAUGAUACCACUUCCAAAAAGUUGAUUUGUCUUCAACGGCAUAUUCAGGGAGCAUUUAAAAGAUGGUGUGUGGGUUUUUUCUCUGGUCGGUUCGAUCUAAAAGGCGUUGCUAGCAUUGUCACCCUCCUUGACCCUUCAACCUUGGUCAAGCAUAUUCAGUGUUUCUUGUAAGAGUGCGAUUUAUAUGGGGAUAUUAGGGGAGUUCAACGAUUGAAGUGAGUGGAGGCUGCUGCAUUUGAUUGCGCAGAACAGAGCGGCUACGUAUAUAAGUAGUAAUAGCUCGUCCGUACACGGCGGGGUGAGGAAUACAUGAGUGGCGGGUUCCACACCUGCCCUGUGAAUCAUACAUGUAGCUCAUAUGAUGGGAUGGAACGAUCCAAUUUCACAGCGAAAUAUCCUCUCAACGUUCUCCUCAACUCUAGCUAGAGGAUUAAAAUGUC